AAUCCGCCCAAUAGAUUUUGCGUGGAAUUUAGAAACGUCGUUUUUUUGUUGUUGUCGUCCUAUUUUAUUUCUUUUGUAGAUAUUUCUGCAUUGUCACCCGUAAAGUGUGUCAUUGUUAUUCCAUGACGUAUUUGGGAUUCGCAUGAGAGGACGUCGUCGUCUGUAACACCAGCUGCUGCUUUCAAAAUCCGUCCGCUUGCAAUGAGUCGAAACAGUUUCUUUGCCUAUUCAUUGAUAUGUUUUGUCUGCAUUGUAUCAUAAGACCGUUUCAGACGAGUUGGUGUCAGUUGGAAAAUGGGAAACCGAGCCACUCACCAGGAAACAUGUGAUGCUGUUAGUCAUCCUGACUUUGAAGAGAAAUCAUUGUCACACUUUUUUUACGAUCCACUUGCGAGCUUCAGAGUGAAUAAUGGGAGAACUUUCUUAAAGAGCCGGAAGAAGACCAACUACUCACAAGCCAAAACAGUGUGGCCACUUCCCAAUCAUGAAGUUCCAUUCUUUCCAGAAUUCCCAAUCAGAUCUGGAACAUCUGAACAUUCUUUCAAUGUGAUAUCGGUAGUCUCAUCAGGAGCCUUUGGAAAAGUCCUUCAAGUCAUUCACAAGGAUGAUGCCAAGAAUUAUGCCAUGAAAAUUAUGUCCAAAUCUAUGAUAUUCAAAGAAAACCUUGUCCACCAAGUCAAAACUGAAGCUCAAAUACAAGUGAUGUGUGAUCACCACCCGUUUCUCGUUCACGGUCCGUUCCGUUGGCAGAACAAAAGGAAUCUCUUUAUAGUGACAGAUUUCAUUGAAGGCGGAGAUCUGCAACAGAUCUGGCAAAAUAGCGGAAGUUUCCACGAGGAUUUGAUCAAAAUUUAUGUGGCUGAAGUAGCCCUAGUAUUAGAUUUCCUUCACAAUGCCGGUAUCAUCUACAGGGAUCUGAAAAUGGAGAACCUUUUGAUAGAUGGCAGUGGACAUUUAAAAUUGAUCGAUUUUGGGCUGUCUAAAUGGUUAUCCUUUGGAGAUCGAUGCCAUACAAUAUGCGGCACUCGACAGUACAUGGCUCCGGAAAUUUUGCGGCCAGAGCCUUACACGCACUCGGUUGACUGGUGGUCGCUGGGCAUUUUGUUCUACGCUCUGCUUCAAGGCAAGUUCCCAUUUGGCAGUGACAGCGGGAGUGCCGAUCACGCGCUAGAGUUUGAAUCGGACGACGUGAAUAGCAGCAGCGGGAGCAGCAGUGAAUCCGCCCGACGGCUAAUUCGCGGCCUCCUCACCGUCGAUCCGCCGAAACGAGUCCGCAGUCUACGGACGUUGAAAAAUCACGCUUUCUACCAUCAUUUUGAUUUCGAAGCGCUUGGCUCCAAAAAGGUAUAUCCAAAACGUGGAAGAGGAAUAUAUGGGGGCGGUAAACAUGGAGCUGGAAACAAAGGUUCAGGUCAAAGACAAAAUUUCAUGAGGCUUGGGUAUGAAACGGGAAACAAUCCAUUUUACUUGAGAGUCCCCAAAGAACCGUACUACAAAGGGCACCACUUGAAGCGUGAAUAUCCACCAAUCUCCCUUCUGCAGCUGCAGACAAUGAUUGACACUGGGCGAGUGGAUACCUCUAAACCUCUAGAUUUGGUUGCACUGUGCAACUCGAAACUUUUCCUGUUAUCUCCAUUGGAAAAACAGUUUGGGUUCCAACUCACUGAUGAAGGCCUUGACAAUUUCAAGGGUAAGGUGAAUAUUGAAGUGCAACAUGCUUCGGAGCAAGUUAUUGCAGCCAUCGAAAGGAACGGCGGUGUCAUAACUACUGCAUUCUAUGAUCCGGUUUCCUUACUGGCUAUGCGCGAUCCCAUGAAAUUUUUCAUUAGCGGAAUUCCCAUACCAAAGAGACAAAUGCCACCAGAAGAUGCGAUUGAAUACUACACUGAUCCCAGGAAUCGAGGAUACUUGGCUGAUCCCGACUUGGUCGCAUUGGAGCGCUUUAAAUUAGCACAAAAAUACGGUUAUGAGCUACCAGAUUUGAAAAACGAUCCAGAGCUUGCUAUGCUGCUUGAACGAAAAGAUCCUCGACAAAUAUUUUACGGUCUCAAUCCUGGGUGGGUAGUCAACCUGAAAGACAAGAAGAUUUUCGAACCAGAAGAUGAGAAAUUGCUCGAGUACUACAGUUCACCACCAAGUAGUCCUCUGAAAUCACCCACUGAUACCCGGCAGGCCUAUCAUUAUGCUGUUCCAGCUUCCAGGCAAAGGCUUGAAAGUUCAUCUUCAGUCAACAGUGACUCUUUGGCACAAGAGUUCUCCCAGUUGGCGAGCGAUCUACACGAUGGAAUGGAAGUAGGUUCCUUGGUAGAAGUGUCGUUCGGCGGCCGGCAGCUAUUCGGUGUAGUGCGCUGGUGUGGAAAACCUAGAAACAAGUCGGAGCAAGGUCUAGUCGGAGUUGAGCUGGAGUGUGAUAUUGACGAAGGAUCGGAUGGCAGUUACUUGGGCCAACAAUUCUUUCGUUGUGCACCCGGAAGAGGUGUGUUCGUCCCUUUCAGGCAUUGUAGAGCUGACUCGAGGUUUAGCAGCUCCUGCGAUGUCUCUAGGACCUCUAUGUACGGACGAAAUCAUGAUCUACCGUCUGAAAUAGAAUAUGGAGGACCAGAAUGUCCAUCGGUGUGUGGUGAAAUCCCACCUGUCGGUCAAUUCGGCGAUUGGAGUAAGCUGACUGGUAAAUUCCGUGGAAUCCAGGGUCAUCACAAUUCUUGCUACCUGGACGCCACGUUGUUCAGCAUGUUCACUUUCACCAGCAUAUUCGACGGCUUGCUUUAUCGACCCCCAACGCGUAACGAUAUACCGCAAUAUGAGGAAGUUCAAAGGAUUUUGAAAGAAGAAAUCGUGAACCCCUUACGUCAGAAUCACUACGUCCGGGCAGAUAAAGUUAUGAAACUGCGCCGUCUCCUUCAGAAAUUGGGGUCUGUCAAAGGUCUAACUAAUGAAGAGAAAGAUCCAGAAGAGUUUCUUCAUUGUCUGCUGUCACAAACGCUCAAAGCGGAACCGUUUCUGAAAUUAAGCUCGGGGCAAGAGGCUUAUCACCAUCAGCUUUUCGUUGAGAAAGACGACAAACUCGUGAUGCCUACCGUCCAACAGCUCUUUGAGCAAAGUUUUCUUUCCAGCGGCAUCAAACUAAAAGAAGUUCCUCCGGCACUUAUUAUUCAAAUGCCCCGCUUCGGGAAAUCUUACAAAAUGUACCCCUAUGUUCUUCCGUCCUCCUUGCUGGACAUAACAGACGUAUUGGAAAAUUCCCCUCGGCAGUGCAUCGUGUGCGGCCAUCUAGCCGAAAUGGAAUGCCAGCAAUGUCUCGGCCAAUGUGGCUCCGGCUUGGAAAGUAUCGCAUUUUGUGCGCCGUGCCUCUACAAGGUCCACAGUCAUCAAAAGCGAACCACUCAUCAGGCCCAGCCUUUGCAGGUUCCUGCGGAUUACGCUGCCUUGCAGGAACACUGCGUUAUACCGCGAAUGUACAUGGAGUUGUUUGCUGUCGUAUGUAUCGCUACAAGCCAUUACGUGGCAUUCGUCAAGUGCGGGCCAGGCCCUGACGCUCCUUGGUGUUUCUUCGACUCGAUGGCCGACCGUAAAGGUGAACAAAAUGGGUUCAACAUACCCGAGGUCAUUACAUGCCCUGAUUUGCCGCGAUGGCUUUCAGACGAAUGGGACAAGCAACUGUUGUCCAACAGCUCUGAUCCUUCUUCCUCCUCCUCUUCAAGCAAUCCGCCAGGCACUGGUCUUCCGGACUAUGUCCGUCGCCUAUUUUCCGACGCCUACAUGUGCCUUUACCAAAGCCCUGAUCUUAUGUUAUACCGCUAAGUAUUUAAAACAAUUUUCUGCCAGUUUUUGUUGUUUUUUUGGUUUUCCUGCCGUUGUCACUGAUGAGCGAGCACUUUGUAAAAGCGAAUCUCGCAUCAGUUGCACUUUCACCCCUUACCUGCUCUUUCUGGCUACCUGCUCGUUGCACAAUAAUGAUAACAUUACCCAAAACGUUACAGGUGAUGGACACAUUGUAAAAAAAUUGUUGAUAAACGAGGGAUUGGAAAUUAUUACAGUAUCAACUAAAUUACUA